UACGUCUCAUAGUUGUAUCCAAAUCUCAAUAGUUUUCCCUCAAAUAACCUCAACUUUCAACCAUGAAUCCAAGAGUCAACCAGGAGUGGACCCCCUCUGAGGUAGAGGGGGAUAGAUCAAUCAUCGAUGGGCUCAACAACAACUACUACAAUGAUGGCACCAGCCAUGAGAUGCAUAUGUUGCAGUGUCCAGAGAAGGAGUGCCAUGUUACCAAUAGUGACCAUGGUGUCAAUUACACCGUGGAUGGCCCAGUGAGUAAAUACUUUGGAUUGCAAGAGGAGGCCGCAAUGGAAGGAACGGACUUUUUGUUUGGUUGUCCAUUAGAUAUUAGGAAAACCAUAGAUAGUCAAGAGGAGGUGCCGAUGGUGGAGCAGAAUAAGGUGGUGUUGGAGAAUAAGACGUUCAUCCACCAACCAGUGCUUGCACCACACGCCAAGGGGUUUUGGACCCCUGAUGAGCACAGGCUCUUUCUCCAUGGCUUGAGCGUAUGUGGCCGUGGCAAAUGGAAGGACAUCUCAAAGCACUUCGUCACUAGUAGGACUCCGACCCAGAUUUCAAGUCAUGCACAGAAGUACUUCAUGAGGCUAAAGAGCAAAGGGUCAGGAAGCCAACGCUACAGCAUCAACGACGUGGAGCUCGAUGAUGCUAACCCAUGGAAAAUGGAGAAUAGCUUUAACUUCUGGCAAGCACUUGCCUUGCAAUCUACAAUUGGUGCUGAUAACCAAAAUCCAAGCUUCAAUCUACAGACUCCUUCGAGUCCAUUUGUCACCAUGAACAAUAUACCCUAGUUUGGAGAUGUUGUUGAAGAAAUGGAGAUAGUAUUCAGUAUGAUGAGAGAAUCCUAUGAUGUUGUCGUCACAAUAGGGGCCAGUGAACUUUGUUCCUACUAUUAUUUACUUUAAGUUCCUUAAAACCAUUGUAUGGAUACCAUUUAUAAGAUGUUGUGAUUUAAGUUAUAUUU